CGUUGCCGGGCGGCCGCCGGCCCUGGGGGUGAGGCGGCCUCUCCGGGAGGCGCCGGCCGCAGGCCCGGCCUUCGGAUAGAGGGGCUCGAAGAGAAACAGUAGCACUGGCUGUAGGUACCUUAACAUGGGGAAUCUCCUUAAAGUUUUGACAUGCACAGACCUUGAACAGGGGCCAAAUUUUUUCCUUGAUUUUGAAAAUGCCCAGCCCACAGAGUCUGAAAAGGAUAUAUAUAAUCAGGUGAAUGUAGUGUUGAAAGAUGCAGAAGGCAUCUUGGAAGACUUGCAGUCAUACAGAGGAGCUGGUCAUGAAAUAAGAGAGGCAAUCCAGAAUCCAUCUGAUGAGAAGCUGCAAGAGAAGGCGUGGGGUGCAGUAGUCCCACUUGUAGGCAAACUAAAAAAAUUCUAUGAAUUUUCUCAGAGGUUAGAAGCAGCAUUGAGAGGUCUGCUGGGAGCCUUGACAAGUACCCCAUACUCUCCAACGCAGCACCUAGAGCGAGAGCAGGCUCUCGCUAAACAGUUUGCAGAAAUUCUUCAUUUCACACUGCGGUUUGAUGAGCUCAAGAUGACAAAUCCUGCCAUACAGAAUGAUUUCAGCUACUACAGAAGAACAUUGAGUCGGAUGAGGAUUAAUAACGUUCCAGCAGAGGGAGAAAAUGAAGUAAAUAAUGAAUUGGCAAACCGAAUGUCGUUAUUUUAUGCCGAAGCCACACCAAUGCUGAAAACCUUAAGUGAUGCCACAACGAAAUUCGUAUCAGAGAAUAAAAAUUUACCAAUAGAAAAUACCACAGAUUGUUUAAGCACUAUGGCUAGUGUGUGCAGAGUCAUGCUGGAAACCCCUGAGUACAGAAGCAGGUUUACAAACGAAGAAACAGUAUCAUUCUGUCUGCGGGUAAUGGUGGGUGUUAUCAUUCUCUAUGACCACGUUCACCCUGUGGGAGCAUUUGCCAAAACUUCCAAAAUUGAUAUGAAAGGAUGCAUCAAAGUCCUUAAAGACCAGCCUCCCAACAGUGUAGAAGGUCUCCUAAACGCUCUCAGGUACACAACAAAACAUUUGAACGAUGAGACUACCUCCAAGCAAAUUAAAUCAAUGUUGCAAUAACAAAUUGCCUGGAAUCCACACCUGCUGUAGACAGAAGACAGUAUUCUGCAAUGACUGAGAUGCACAGAUUUUUUUUAUAGUGAUUGCAAUUACUAUCUCAUUUGUUCUUGCCUUUUAUUUCCUUCUCUUUACAUCUUCCCCUUUUUUAAUCACGUUCUUGUUCAGACUUCUUUUCUGUGCCAAAAUCAAUAAAGUUAUCAAUUCCGAAGGAAAAUGUCACCUUUGGAAAUGGCCCUCUAAGGCAGCUAAUUAUGCAUUGCAUUUGGAUCUCUACUGGGAAAAUUCUGUUACUUGAACUAAAUAUUUUUAAACUUGUGGAUCCUCAUUUGGGGGGAAACUAAUAUUUAAUUGCUUCUUCUGCAUGGCAAAACUGCCUAUUUCUGCUAUUUAAAAUUUUUCAUUUUCUAUUGCCGCUUUUUUCAUGUGCAACCAAGAAGAAAAAUAUGUUUAAAUUAACCGUUGUACAAAGUGGUACCCAACACAAUUUUUUUUUAAUUAGUAAAAACUGUUUUGUUUUAAGUUUGCAUUUUGACUCUUUUUUUUUUUGUAAGGAUGUAUGUUGUGUGUUUAACCUUUAUUAACUAACGUUAAAAACUGUGAUGUGCGUACCAAAUUACGUAUGCAUGUUCGUGUUUAACGAAUGGCUGUUGAUAAAAAUAAAAUUUAGCUUUCAUUUUUCUAA